AUGCUGCCAAAGACGACAUUAAGAAAAAAGCGCAACUUCAAAAAUUUGAAGUUAGGAGAAUCGCCCGUCAUUACAAGCAGAGCACCGCCACCGCCAUCGUCAUCAUCCACCCAGGAUUACGGUCAAUUGUGCGACACUUUGCGUGAUUUGGAGAUCGGUGUGGAAUUGCGGCUGGAUCUGCGUCCGGAAGACCUUCAACCUCUUGACGAAUUGGGCCGGGGCAACGGCGGGACCGUUUCCAAAGUCUUGCAUAUUCGCACCAACACAGUCAUGGCACGAAAGAUUAUCCAUGUCCAAGCGAAUAUGACAGUCCGAAAACAGAUCAUGCGAGAAUUACAAUUUAUGCACGAUUGCAACUCGAAGCACAUUGUCAGUUUUUAUGGCGCAUUUAUCAAUGGCAGCACCAUCUCCAUUUGUAUGGAAUACAUGGAAAUUGGAUCCUUAGAUACCAUUUAUAAAAAAUACGGCCCCAUUUCAAUGCCGGUUCUGAAAAAGAUCGCCUAUGCGAUCGUCGACGGAUUAAUCUAUUUAUACGAUAACCACCGUAUUAUCCAUCGUGAUCUCAAACCAUCCAACGUACUUGUCAAUUCCUUGGGUCAGAUCAAACUAUGCGAUUUCGGUGUAUCAGGUCAAUUGAUCAAUUCCGUGGCAGAUACCUUUGUCGGCACAAGUUCAUAUAUGAGUCCUGAGCGUAUCAUGGGCUCGCCAUACAGUGUAAAAUCCGAUGUAUGGUCACUAGGCAUCACACUGAUGGAACUGGCCCUCGGUCGAUUCCCAUUUCCACCCGACAGUACGCCUCUCUCUAUCUUUGAACUGCUGCAACAUAUCGUUCACGAACCUGUCCCAUCAUUUCCGCCCCACACAUAUCCUGAAGACCUCGUUCACUUUGUCAAUCAGUGGUAG